AUGGUAGGGGAAAGUGGUGGAGAUCCUCGGAACCGUCCCCCUGGUCUCUUCACCAUCAAAAUUGGGGACGAACUGAGCGAAGUUGUACUGUCAUCUUCUUUUUUUCAGAAAGCAAAAUCUGGCAGUUUGGUAGAAAUAGAAUAUCAGGUUAUUGAUGCAAAUUUUGGAGAUGUUGAAAUUCACCAAGAAUUAGAUAUAAACUUUCAGUUAUUCUCUCCACAUGGGAGAGAAUUAAUCUCAGAUUAUAAACAAUCUGAUGCUACACAUAGGUAUGAUGUGAAGGAAGAUGGUGAUUUCAAAUUUUGUUUUGAUAAUCGACACAGCCAUUUUUCAAAGAAAACAAUAUAUUUUGAAGUGUAUGUUGAUUCUGAUUCUGAGGAUUACACUGACCGGUGGAAUGAUUAUGAUUUUUCACCAGAAUUGCUUUAUAAUGACACAGUGGAUCAAAUAAAAAUAUCGAUAGCAAAAGUAAAAGAAGAUUUGAGUAAAAUUAAGCAUCAUCAAGAUCAAUUAAAAGCCAUAGAAUCACGGGACCGCAAUCUUCAGGAGCACAAUUUCACCAGAGUGAAUCAGUUUUCAAUGUUAAUAAUAGUUGUGAUGAUUGUUGUUGGAACUGUUCAAGUUUUCAUGGUCAGAAGUCUCUUCGAAGAAAAAAGCAAGCUUCAUAAAAUUUUCAAACUUUUGUCCUGAUGAAUUAGAUUUGCAGUCAAUAGUUUAAAAGUUUUUUUUAAAUAGGUUUGUGCUUUUUCUCUUCCUUGAAUACUAUUGUAAAUUUGUUUAAAAUUUCUUUGACCUUCUAUGGUAUAUCAAUCAGUAACAAUGGCUGAAUAUCUCCUAUUGCUGGCCAGUAACUGUUAUAAUUAAUGAAACUGUAAGAUAAUGAAUAUUUAUGUUUGCCAUAUAUAUAUUUAAUAUGGAUUGAAACUAGAAGAAUGGGUACUUACGAAUUAACGCAACCUCCUUUGCACAGCUUUUUGUGGAUGAAAAGGUAAAAGUUACUUAUCAAAUAGAAGUUGGUGGUUUUCAUACCCCCUUUUUUUUUUAAAGUCCAAAGGGGCUUUGUCCCUGAAGGACUAUUGUUUUCGUUUUGCGAUUUUGCGUCGGACUCAUAAACAUCGGUUCACUUUUCAAACUGUUGCCACAAAAUGUUA